ACUAAUUUCACGCCUAAAUCAAAUUUAAUCAACAAUCCAAAUUACUUCCUACUAAGUAUAACAGCUGUAUUUGUUUAAUCGAUUAUCAUGACGAUUGUUAUUUUACUGUCUGUAUUAUGUUUAUUUGUGAGUAAAUGCAGCUUUUUAAUGAUAAAAAAGGAAUGCCUUCAUGGCGAAGUACACAAGUCAUGUUCGUUCUACGAGGAGUACACGUGCUGGGAGACCCAGUCAUUGACAAAGAGAGUGAAGUCUUCACCCAAGCGAUUGGCACAUUGCAAAGCUGGAUGUUUCUGCAAAAAAGGGAUGGUCCGAACAUAUCCUAAUGGUGGAUGCAUACUGGCACAAGCGUGUCGCGACUUGGAACUAAAAGGCGUCUUGCAAAAAAUUCCCGCUGGAUUUUCAAAUAUCUGAUUACUAACGUGGCGUAUGGAGUACUUAUUACCACCGACAUAUACUUAUUACGAUAUAUAAUUGACUUUUGAAGAAAAUUAAGCUUAAUUUGC